AUGCCCGUUCAAGUUACUACCGGUGAUAAAAUCCGUGACAAUGUUAUAAAAAUGCUUCAUCAGGCUCUCUUAGGGAACUCUACGUUCCUAAGUGAAGAUGAACUGGCCGAAAAGGCAAGAAAAAUUGAACAGUGUAUUUAUCAUGACUGUAACUUCCAAGUGAACAAACAAUAUAAGGACACUGCUCGAAGUAAGGUUUGGAAUUUGAAAGAUAACAAAAAUCCCGAGUUACGGCUAAACGUCAUCAACGGUAAUAUUGGUGAGGAUGAAUUUGCGAGAAUGGAUGCCGAGGCAAUGGCUUCCAAAGAACGGAAACGUCACAAUUUCAUUAUGCGAAAGAAUUCCCUCCAAAAUUCAAUUGCCACCAUUGAUCUAAAGCCAGUUGUGACAGAUGAUUCGGAUCCCGAACCUAAAAUUUCCAAUAGAAUCUGGGGUGGCUUAGAUAUGGACACCCAGGUAUGA